AUGGCACAGUCUCAAAGCUGGUGGUCUCCAUUGUCUUCGAACGAGGAUGUUGCCUCUUCAGAGCCAGCUUCUUUCGAGUCGAAACCUCUUGAAGACGCAACUGUAUCCGACCCAGAGGAGGAGAUGCUACUCACCAGGCGGGUGCAUAUACUCGGCAUGGGAAGCAUUGGGACAUUGAUUGCUCAUUCACUACGCUGUCUACCUAAUCCACCUCCGAUCACCUUGAUGAUGCACAAGCAAGAGCAAUAUGAGGCGUUCAAAAGAGUCGGCCGCAGUAUCAGCCUGAUGGACAAGAAGAAUGACAUCAACGAUGAGCAGACCGGCUACGACGUGGAUAUCUAUGAAGGCGAUGAUCCCGCGGCCGGUCCCAUCUGGCGGUCAGCUCCCGACCUGGAGGGGAAGCCUGGUACAGGGAUAAGACCAAGGACAAAUCCCCUCGAAGCUGAUGAAACCUUGCCCAAUGGACAAGUCUACAUAUAUUCAUUGAUUGUGGCCGUCAAAGGCCAUGCCACUGUGUCUGCCCUUCGGUCAGUCAAACACCGGGUAGACGCCAGAACCACAAUAUGUUUCAUGCAGAAUGGACUGGGACAGAUAGAAGAGCUGAACCGCAGAGUCUUCACUGACCCAGAGACACGCCCAACGUACAUGCUGGGUAUUGUAUCACAUGGCGUCUACAUGACGGAUCCUUGCGCAGUUGUGCAUGCUGGCUACGGCACAGUAGCAUUAGGCAUAUGUCGAGACAAAGACCGACAUCCUCUUCCACCGAAGAUACCAUCUCGAAACAUCUCCGAACUGGCCGAGGACGAGCGCAAAAAGUUUUAUCCGACGGACAAGGAACUGUUUGCGAACUUGUCCUCCCGAUACCUCCUGCGCACCUUGACGCGAUCAACAGUGCUCGCAUGCGCAGCUUUUCCCUAUCUGGAUUUGCUUCAGUUGCAACUAGAGAAGCUGGCAGCCAACGCCGUGCUCAAUCCACUCACGGCACUCUUGGACGUGCCCAACGGUGCCUUACUUCUCAGUGACGAGCUUUCCGCGGUGCAAAGACUGCUGCUGGCCGAAGUAUCUCUGGUGAUCCGCGGUCUGCCGGAAUUGGAAGGAAUCCCCAAUGUCCGAAUGAGAUUCUCGGCCAAAAGACUUGAGCAACUAGCUAUAGCGGUGACUCGCCGGACGGCCCAAAAUUCCAGCAGCAUGCGAGAAGACAUUCGGCACGGCAAAAAGCCUGAAAUUGACUAUAUCAACGGUUACAUUGUCAAACGCGGAGAAGAGCAAGGCAUUAAAUGCGCCCUUAAUUUCAUGUUGAUGCAACUAAUCAAGGGCAAAGACGCGUUGCGAGGGAGAGAUUACGGCCUGCCUUACGGCACAAGGCAGAUUGAAAGUGAGAUUGAUCCUCACCGACCAGGAUUUGUUAGCCUUUCCGACGAAAGUACACCCAAUCCUACACCUAGGUGA